AUGGCUUUGUUUAGAGCUUUGAGCACACGAAGAAGUCGUCGAGAAGGGUAUGAUCGUCUAUUAGACGAGACAAAUACGACUGGUGUACAUGAUUAUAGUUGUGCUGGUACUGGUGGUGGUGGUGCAGGUCAUGCUGUAUUAAAGAGGGUUACAAGUGUUCCUGCUAGCAUGUUAUUCGGGUCAUCGUCUAAGAAACUCGACUUUGAAACGGGUCAUCUAGGGAAAAACUCUAAGCCAAAACAACAACAGCCAGCAAAAAGUAAAAAAAGUGGCAAGAGUCACCCUGUGUUUAGUUUGUUUGAUGGGAAGUGGAGGAAGAAGAAGAUGACGGCGAAUCCGGAUUUUUCGCGGUACAUUGAGUAUUUGAAAGAAGGAGGGGUGUGGAACAAGGAUACAAAUUCACCUGCAAUCUAUUACAAGUGA